AUGCCCUGGAAAUCUUUCAAGCUGAACGAUGGGCGCCACAUCCCUGGGAUCGGCUUCGGAUCGGCGGGCCACUUGGAGGAUGACACGCCUGGAGUGAUCGAUAUGGCCAUCGAGGUGGGCUUCGGGCAUAUCGAUACAGCGCAGAUGUACCGCAACGAAGCAGGCGUCGGCGCCGCCCUGGCCCACACCGACACCCCCCGCUCUCACCUUUGGGUCACCACCAAAUGGAGCGGCUACGCUUCCAUCCCCCAGUCGAUUGACGAGUCUCUCGAGAAGCUCAAGCUGGACUAUGUGGAUCUGUACCUGAUUCACAACGAUCGGAUCACGGGCGGGGAUAUCGAGGGGACAUGGAAGGAGAUGGAGAAGGUGUACAAGGAUGGGAAGGCCAAGUCUAUCGGGGUGUCCAACUACACCAUCGAUGACCUCAAGCGUGUUCUCAAGAUCGCCAAAGUCAAACCCGUGGUGAACCAGAUCCUCCUCCACCCUACCGUCUACCAUUCUACCAAGCCCCUCCUCGAGUUCAUGGCGGAGCACGACAUCCUGGCCGAGGGAUACUCGCCCCUCAAGCCGCUGAGAGACGGGACGGCGCCUGGGCUGGUCAAGGUGGUGGAAAGGAUUGCAGAGGAGAAGGGGUGUAAGCCGGAGGGGGUGUUGAUGGCUUGGUCCAAGGCGAAGGGGGUAUUACCGAUUACCACCUCGUCCAACAAAGAUCGAGCAGCGGGUUACAUCGCUGCGGGUGGUAUCGAGCUCAGCAAGGAGGAUGUGCUACGGAUCGACGAGGCGGGCAAGAAGGCUGCGGAUGUGCAGGAGAGAAGGGGGAAGAUGCUGGCGAUGGGAAAGGGGAUUGGAGCGUGCGUGGCGGUGCUGUACAUGGGCUGGAGGGUGCUGGCUUGA